AUGGCAGAGCUUAUUGGAAGGAAACCAUUAUUCAAGGGCGAUAACUACGUUGAUCAAGUCAGGAGAAUCGUGAACAUUCUUGGAAUGCCUUGCCAAGAGGAUAUUGACCAAAUUAACAAUCAAAAUGCAAGGGACUUCAUCCGAAAGAUUGUGCUGGAGAAUGAGAUUCCAAAGACAUUCAAAGAGAUGUUUCCCUAUGUCUGUCCAUUAGGCAUUGACCUGUUGGAGAAGAUGUUGAAAUUCAAUCCAAACAAGCGUAUCACCGCUGAGCAAGCAUUGGCCCAUCCAUACUUUGGGAUGGCGGAAUAUGUGAAUCAAGAACCAGUCUGCUCCAAACCGGUCCAGAUGUUCUUUGAGAACUGGGUCCUCACCAAAGACAUGGUGCUCAGCCUGUUAAAGAAUGAGCUCACCUUCUACCAGCCCAGGGAGAAGGACAUACCACUGGAGCAUCCCGAAGGGGACAUGUUUGAACAACUUCAACAGCAACAGAUUGAUAUAGUUUCAAAGAUAGAUUCAAACUUGAGGCAAUAUCAUUUAUGCCAACAAUGGAAUUCUUUUCUGGACAAGAUAAACAAACUCAAGCAACAACAAGAACAAUUGGAACAACAACAACAACAAUUGGAUGUGUUGGAUAACAUUUCAAAAGAUCUUGGUGAGCAAUUAAGCGACUCAUGUCAAUUCAAUCAUUGUAAUGGCAUAACAAACAACGAAGAAGAACAGGUGGAGAACAACAAUAAUGUCAAUGUCGGUGUCAAUGUUGAUGCCAGUGUUGAUGUCAAUGUCGAUGUCAAUGUCAAUGUCAAUGUCUAUGACUAUGUCAAAGAUCAUGGAAACAGCAGAAGUCAUACCAAUGAUAUUUUCAAUGGCAAAGACAACGACAACAACAAUAACUACUUAUCCUCCUCCCCAUCAUCCCCAUCAGCUCCAUUAUCUCCACCAAUAACAAACACAUCAUCGUUAUCAUUAGCGAUUCAAUAUGAUGAUAAUACAAAGGAUACAGACUCUGGAAGUGGAAGCGGAAAGUCCCCAGCUUCAUCACCAUCUCUAAUUACUCUCUAUAAAAUGCAGCGACUUCAAAAACAACAACAACAACAACAACAACUACAACUACAACAACAACAACAACAACUCCAGCCAAAUCAACAAAACCAAUUCGAGAAAGUAUUGGAUGAUGUCUUUGAUUUGAUUUAUUUGUUGUUAUCUCUAAUUGCACAAGUAAUAGGUUCCUUGUUAAUAAUAAUAAUGUCAUUUAUAAUGGUAUUACCACCUAAAGAUAAGUAA